CAAGAGUAAAACUGAUAACCUGAAGGAUUAGUAGAUGUGUUUCAAAAGGUGUUCAGAGUGGUUGAAGGAAGCGGUGACAGGAAGGAAACGCUGGUGUGAGCUAUACUUUCAGAGAAACAGUUUGAUGUCACAUCACAAAGAGGUACAAUGGAUCCAACAAGUCUUCAACGCCUCGUCUUCCUCACCUCCCUGCUGAGCUGCUCCACUAACCAGGCUCGUCUGACGGUGACUCCCAGCAGCUCUCAGGUAUUUACAGGAGAACGUGUCUCUCUGAGAUGUGAGGACGCCUCUGAUGGAUGGACUGUGAGGAGAAACACGUGCAGGGAAAGAAGAGCUCAGUGUGGAGUCGACUGGGGAAGAUCUAAUGGUUCCUCCUGUACCAUCAGCCCCACGGUGCCAUGGGACAGUGGAGAGUACUGGUGUGAGUCCACAGAGGGAUCCACCAGUAACACCAUCACCAUCACCGUCUCUGGUGGAUCAGUGAUCCUGCAGAGUCCUGCCCUCCCUGUGAUCGAGGGAGAUGACGUCACUCUGACCUGUAGAACAAAGAUGGCCGACCCCCCCUCUGCUGAUUUCUACAAAGAUGGCGUCUCCAUCAGGAAUGAGUCUGAUGGUCACAUGACCCUCCACCAUGUAAACAGGUCUGAUGAAGGCCUCUACAAGUGUAGAGUCCAGAAUAAAGGAGAGUCUCCAGAGAGCCGGCUGUCUGUCUCAGAGAAACCCACCACCACUGCAAGUCCUCCUACCUCCAGCUCUGUUUCUCCAACUUCCACUUCAACGCCUCCUUCCUUCUGGUUGCUUCCUGUUACUGCAUCCCUCUGUGUUCUGGUUCUGCUGGUUCUGUUGGUGGUUCUGGUUGUUCUGGUGCGACGAUGCAUCCGAAGGAAACCUGAAGCUGCUGAAGUGGAAAAGGGAGAAGACGUCACAUACAGCGAUGUCAAAAUAUCCCAAAGCCGGAACAAGCCAAUCAAACAGAGCCGACGGGGCCGAGAGAGCGGUCCAGCUGCAGUUUACUCUGAAGUGAAGACGAAGAGAGACGUCUGUUACGGAGAGAUCGUGAUCAACACAAACAGGAGGAGAGCUGCUGAAGUGAAAAUGGGAGAAGACGUCACAUACAGCGAUGUCAAAACAUCUCAAAGCCGGAAGAAGCCAAUGAAACAGGGCCGACGGGGCAGAGAGAGCGGUCCAGCUGCAGUUUACUCUGAAGUGAAGACGAAGAGAGACGUCUGUUACGGAGAGAUCGUGAUCAACACAAACAGGAGGAGAGCAGAGAUCGUCCCCGAGCCGGACGUCCUGUACUCGUCUCUGAAGUAAACCUGAAGAAGGACUCCUGGACAUCUUUUUAUUCUCUGUGUUACUAGUGACUCUACAGUGACUCUUGAGCAGAGGAGUAAAGGCUGUUCUGCUGCUGUGGUUCUGUGGGUUUCACUUCGCUGACAAACAGCUCCAUUUGUUCUGGUUUGGUCGCGGCUAACCGAGAACAGAAACACACCUGAUAACAGAGGACACACACGGCAGACACACACACUGUGUGCAGUUUAUAUUGUGUAUAUCAAAUCAUGGUGGAAGAAGUACUCAGAUACUUUACUGAUGUAAAAGUACAAGGUACACAAGUACAGAGGCAAGUACAGAUGAAUCCAAAGAGCUGCAUUACCGCCCUCUGCUGGAUGAAAAACUAAACUUUCCCUCAAACCAAUUACUAUAUGUACGACCAACACACUAUGCUGUCGCCCGAAUCAGUGACCCGGCAUCCAGCUUUGCACUGCUGCUGACGGAUGACAUCCUGCAGCAUAUUGUGUCCAUGACAAACCUGCAUGGGAGACGGUCAAUUGCAGAGUGGCGAGAUAUGGACACAGAGGAACUGCAGGUUUACGUGGGGCUGCUCAUUUUGGCCGGUGUUUACAGGUCAAAAAAUGAAUCGACCCUCAGCCUCUGGAGUGAGAAAUCGGGACGAAGCAUUUUCCGAGCCACGAUGUCCCACAAGAGGUUUCACCAAAUCAGCCGAACACUGCGGUUCGACGACAAGCUAUCCCGACCGCGGCGCCGUGAUGACAAGCUGGCUGCCUUCCGCAAAGUCUGGGAUAUGUGGACGCACCGCCUGCCGAUGCUGUUCAGCCCAUUCAGCGACGUCUGCGUGGAUGAACAGCUCGUCCCAUUCAGAGGCAGGUGCAGCUUCAAGCAGUACAUGCC